CCCAGUCCCUGCCAGAGCGGGCCUCCUCUUUUGCAAAGGAAGAGCCACAAGCAACUGGGAGGCAGAAGGCGAAAAGGCGACCAUGGCAAUGAUCUUGGGCUACUGGGAUAUCCGAGGGCUUGCUCAUAGCAUCCGCUUGCUGCUGGAAUACACAGGCACAGCCUUUGAAGAUAAAUUAUACAGCUGUGGGGAAGCGCCUGACUAUGAUAAGAGUCAAUGGAUGAAUGAAAAGGAGAAGCUGGGACUGGAUUUUCCUAAUCUUCCUUACCUAAUUGAUGGCAAGACCAAGCUUACACAAAGUAAUGCCAUUCUCCGGUACAUUGCACGCAAGCAUAAGCUUUGUGGAGAAACCGAGGAGGAAAUAAUGAGAGUGGACAUGCUGGAGAAUCAGGUGAUGGAUUUCCGCAUGAGCCUUGUGAUGAUCUGCUACAAUCCUGAUUUUGAAAAACUAAAACCUGGAUACUUAGAGCAACUGCCUGGGAAGCUGAAACUGUUUUCUCAGUUCUUAGGGGACAGAAAGUGGUUUGCUGGUGACAAGAUCACAUUUGUUGACUUCCUCAUGUAUGAUGUCCUGGAUCAAAACCGCAUGUUUGAGCCUAAGUGCCUUGACCAGUUUAAGAACCUUCAGGAUUUUCUCACCCGCUUUGAGGCCUUGGAGAAGAUUGCAGCCUACAUGAGCUCCAGCCGAUUUAUGAAGACUCCCAUUAAUAACAAAAUGGCCAAAUGGUGUAACAAGAAAGAGUAGAAAAAGCAGGAUGAAAGCUUUCUGAUGCUGGAUGGCAUCUUGCUUUUUUGGUGACCCUCCCUCCCCUAGAAUUUGAUGCUAUAUUUCUGUAGGAUGAUGGUUGAAGCUUUUCUAUUUUGAAGGCUGUAGCAGCUAAUAAAGUGUCUUGGAAUUAA